AUGCCCCCCAAAGCAGUCAAGGGCGAAUACAUCGAGACGGACACGGGGAACAAAAUCUCCCGCCGGUCCAUGAUCCACGGAACACAGCACAUCAUCCUAGGCGGCAAGACCGUUAUUCAAGCCGAAGCCGUCAUCCGCGGUGACCUCUACCGCGCGUCCUCAUCGUCAUCGUCGUCAUCAUCAUCCGCCCCCGACGGCCAAGCAUCAACUUCAUCAUCAUCAUCCGCGCAUUCGCCCUCCGUCGCGAUCUCCGUCGGCCGAUACAGCUAUAUUUCGAAGCAGGCGAUCCUGCGCCCGCCGUCGCGGUUGCACCGCGGGGUCCUUUCGUUCUUCCCGCUGAAAAUCGGCGACCAUGUGUUUGUUGGGGAGAGGGCGGUCGUGGAGGCGGCCACUGUUGGGAACCAUGUGCAUAUCGGGCGGGACGCGGUCAUUGGGAGCAUGGCUAUCUUGAAGGACUUUGCUUAUGUGUUGGAUGGGGCGAUCGUGGCGCCUGGGAUGGUCGUGCCUAGUUGGUGUGUCGUUGGUGGUGCGCCGGCGAGGAUUGUCGGGGAGGUGGGUGAAGGGUAUGGGGUUGAGGGGGCGGAGGGAGGCAUGGCGCGAGAGAGGUAUCGCCUGGUGGGGAGGGGGUGA